AUGUCCGACUGGGAAUCUACCACAAUCAUUGGUCAAAAAGCCAGAGCUGGAGGAUCCGGACCAAGACAGCAGGUGGCACGCACGCAGGGUCAAAUUAACGCUGCUAGGAGGUCUGGGCUCGUUCUUUCUGUCGACAAGAAAUACUCUACUUCUAAUGCCAAGGCCAACAACGAAGGUCAACGUCUCACAAUGGUUGACCGUGAAACAGAUAUUGUGGUGCCCAAGAAACUAGAUUCCAACGUCGGCAAGGCCAUUUCUCGCGCCCGUGGCGAGAAAAAGCUGACACAGAAGGAUCUGGCCACCAAGAUCAACGAAAAGCCUACCGUUGUCAAUGACUACGAGGCUGGGCGUGCUAUCCCCAAUCAACAAGUCCUUGGAAAGCUGGAACGUGCUCUAGGUGUCAAGCUGAGGGGUAAAAACAUUGGGGAGCCCUUGGGCCCAAAGAAAAAGGCCUAA